AUGGCUGCUACGGCUGACAGCGCCGCCUUAAUCCCACCUUGUCAGGAGGCAGUGGCACAGGGAGAGGCGCAGCACGCCGAAGCAUUGCGGAAGCUGCACGCCGAGAAGGCACUUCGGGUAGUUGUGUUCUCCAUGGUAGAAGGAUGGUGGUGGCCUACAAGUUCCAUGGGUUCGGAUGGCAGCCGCGACCGAAGCUUGCCUUCGAGCCCAACCACGCCCUUUGAUCUUCCCAACAUCACUACCGACAAAACAGCUAUUCUAAGGACCCCAAGCUGGUUCGGCGACACCUCCCCAGUCGCCCAAACAAACUUUCUAAGCACACCGAACUGGUUGGAUGACCUCGUCCCACCGCCCUCUUCCAGCCAAGUAAUCCCCCCAUUGAGCACUCCUGACUGGAUGGAUGAUGAGAUGCCAGCAUAUGCCAAGCUGCCAAGCUUCGACACCAGAGUGCCCAGUUUGCCCAGACGCACUGCAACCCCGAGCUCCGGGGAUGGCCGCACCCCCACGGCAGACGGCAGCACACGGCGCACCCCGGACCCCUUCGAUGACACUCCGAGUCCACCACUGGACAUGCAGUUUUCCAACUCGAGCAGCCGCUUCGUGCAGCUGCUUGCGGGGGCUGUGGCCGAAGCAGACGAGCCGCAAAGCAAGAAAGAGGCUGCCGAACGUCAGCCCCCCAUCAGCCAGCCCCCUCCGGCUCUCUCCAUGGAUGCCCCACCCAACCCAGGCCCAGGAAACUGGGCGCGGCCUUUGAUCAAGCCACCGGUACUCUUGGCCACGGCCGCCCCUCAGAGCGAGGCUCCAGGACCACCGGGACCCUACCCCUUCACCGCCGGAGCCAUGCCCCCACCGAUGCCGGUGCCAUUACCGCAGAUGCCACCUCCUGGCUCGAUGCUCGGCGACCCGGGUCCAGGAUUUCGAGCGUUCGCACCAUUCGACGAAGUCUUCGGCGACAGGCUGGGAAGAUCGUCCCCGGACACAUCGGAGUCGCCCCAAAGGCUGCGGAAGAGCCUUGGACGGCAGGUCGGUGCCCAGGUUCUGAACCCCAAAGAGCCGAAAUCGCCCUUGCCGGCUGGGCCCCUGCUGCCGGGUCAGGUUGGCACCUCGAGCGCAAAAUCCACUGUCCCGCGGGUGACCCUGGCAGAUGGCGAGGAGUCCUCCCCGAACCGGCGUCGCAAGAGAGGGAGCCGUGAGUCCAAGGAUCCAGAUAUCAGCGUCUUGGCGAAAAGCAUCCGGAAAGAUCCGGCCAUGGUGGUUUGGUGGUUGCAGCUGUCCCAGUGGAGCCUGUUGCUGACAGUUUAA